AUGGUUACCUCUAGAUCACUUUCAUCUCUUCUCGCCCUGCCGGCGCUUGCCUUCUUCUCUCUGUCAGCAAGCGCUUUGCCUCAUCCUCGGACAGCGUCAAGCACGUCUACUCUCAAGCUCGCUGUUAGAAUAAACUCGUACGGGAUCAAGAACAUCGCAGCUGCAGAUAGAGCUCGAAUCCAAACCCUACAAGCUGGCGGCAGCUCUUCCAUCAGUCUAACCAAUAAUGUGACAACAUACACCGCUGAUAUCGGCGUAGGGAGUCCAGCAACGUACUACACAGUUCUGGUAGACACCGGAAGCUCAAAUACCUGGAUCGGGGCCAACGAAGCUUACGCAAAGACUGCUACAAGCAAGGACACAGGCAAUACAUUCAGUGUUCAAUAUGGAAUUGGUUCCGUUUCUGGAGAGGAAUAUACAGACACCGUAACGCUCAAUUCUGACCUGGUCAUUGAAAACCAAUCUAUUGGCGUCGCAUCUGAAUCCUCAGGGAUGGAUGGCCUGGAUGGAAUUCUUGGCGUUGGACCAGUUGAUUUAACGCAGGGCACCGUUAGUAAUACAUACGAAGUUGCAACUGUGACGGACAACCUCUAUAAGCAGAGAACGAUUGGUUCGGAAGUACUUGGAGUGUUCUUUGCACCUGCUUCCUCGGGUGAUAGCAGUGGCGAGCUCACAUUCGGUGGUUAUGACACCUCCAAAAUCACUGGAGACGUUAGCUACGUGCCCAUCACAUCGACAUCUCCAGCGAAUGGAUAUUGGGGCAUUGAUCAAUCCAUCAGCUAUGGGCCUAUGCCCAUUUUGGAUGAGACAGCUGGUAUUGUCGAUACCGGAACUACCCUGAUUCUGCUUGCCUCCGAUGCGUUCCAUAGAUAUCAGUCUGCCACGGGGGCGACCUAUAAUGCGGAGGUUGGUUUGUUACAGAUCUCAUCCGACCAGUACGAGAAGCUCUCGUCCUUGUAUUUCACUAUUGGUGGGGUUACUUAUGAGCUCACCCCGAAUGCGCAAAUCUGGCCUCGAUCGUUGAACAGCGCCAUUGGCGGUACCACCGACGGUAUAUACCUGGUUGUUAGUAGCACUGGGACUCCCAGCGGUUCUGGCUUGGAUUUCACGAAUGGCUACUGUUUCCUCGAGCGGUUUUACUCGGUGUUCGACACGACAAACUCUCGAGUCGGGUUCGCCACCACUCAGUACACCGAUGCCACGACAAAUUAA